AUGUCGAGCAAUUGGGCUCACCGCGCCUGGAACCACCCGGCGGGCCCGAAGACCAUCCACUUCUGGGCCCCGACCUUCAAGUGGGCCCUGAGCGCCGCCAACAUCUCCAACUUCUCCCAGCCGCCGGACGCCGUGUCGUACCCCCAGCAGGCGGCGUUCGCCGUCGCCGGCGCCGUCGGGGCCCGCUACUGCACCGUCAUCACCCCAAGGAACUGGAACCUCUUCUCCAACAACUUCGCCCUCGCCUGCACCGGCGUCUACCAGGUGGCGCGGAAGGCCCGCCACGACUAUGCGGCGGCCCACAAGCAAAAGGGAGCCCAAAAUUGA